GUUUUAAAUAAGAGACCGAGGUGCCACUGUCCAUUUCCAUUCCGCCAGCACUUCCGUACAUACUCCGUUUGUACAAAACCCAUCAUUUCCCCUCCGUCACCCCGCAAUAUCCAUACAAAUUUAAUAUCACGUCACCAUAGUCAUACGCACCAUGUCUUACCAAGGUUACGGUGCUCCCUACGGCCAACCGCCGCCUCCACAAGGUUAUGGUCAAUAUCCCCCACCACAGCAGCCGUAUGGUGGUUAUCAACAGCCUCCUCCUGGACAAUAUCCUCCUCAGCAAGGCGGGUAUCAGCAACCUCACGGCCACUAUCCUCCUCCCGGAGGUCCUCCCCAAUCUCAGCAACCUUACGGCGGAUACCAGCAGCAACCUCCUCCUCCACAACAUUACGGCGCACCUCCAGGACCUCCACAGGGCCAUUAUGGCGCGCCUCCUCCUCACCAGCAACAUCAUCAACCCUACGGCCAACCUUCACCUGCGCCGCCCAGUCAGUACGGCGCGCCUCCUCCUCAACAAUAUGGUGCGCCGCCAGUCCAACCGACUCCACCCUCGCUUGGCUACGGGCCGCCUCAGAUCAUCCAAUGGAAUGGCGGCCCCGACGCUGACGCUUUGCGCAAAGCGAUGAAGGGCUUUGGUACUGAUGAGAAAGCAUUGAUCGCCAUUUUGGCCAAUAAGGACCCUCUGCAAGUUGAUACGAUCCGCGCUGCUUACGAACGCAACCAUCGUCGCAAACUGGUCUCUGAUAUUCAGAGUGAGACAAGUUCAUGGUUCCAGAAGGCUUUGGUCUCACUGGCCCGCGGCCCGCUCCUGUCUGACGUGCAUGCCUUGCAUGACGCCAUGUCUGGACCUGGAACUAAAGAGGUUGUUCUCAACGAUGUUCUGCUUGGUCGAUCAAAUGCAGAUCUCAAGGCAAUCAAGAGCGCGUACUAUCAAACCUUCCACGACAAGCUCGAGGAUGUAGUGAAGGGCGAUUUGAGCAUGAAGACUGAGCGACACUUCAUGAUUGUUCUCGGCGCUACGAGAGCUGAGGACGCUGCGCCGGUCGACCCUCGACAGGUUGAUGACGAUGUCAUGCAGAUCUACAAGGCUACCGAGGGCAAGAUGGGCACCGACGAGAUUCUAGUAUGCAGCAUUCUCAGCACAAGGAACGAUAAUCAGAUUCGCGCCAUUGCGCACACCUACAAGCAGAAGUUUAACAAGGACCUUGAAAAGGUUAUCAAGAGCGAAUUUUCUGGCCACAUGGAGGAUGCUCUCCUUUUCCAGCUACGCAAUGCCACAGACAAGUACAUGCAUGCAGCCAAGCUUCUUGAGGAUUCAAUGGCUGGUAUGGGAACAAAGGAUCAUCUCCUGAUUUCAAGAACAAUCCGCUACCAUUGGGAUCGAAACACGCUCAACAACGUCAAGGGUGCAUACCAACAAAGAUACGGUAAGAGUCUCGGCAAACGGAUUUACGGCGAGACAUCGGGUGACUAUCGAAAAACACUGCUCGCAGCAAUUGGUGAGCCUUAUUAAGAGGUGGAGUAGACGAAAAGACAAAUGAGAGGGCAGAUUUCGCGAUUAGAAGGAUAUGAUAUGGAUUCGAGUCGGGCUUCACAGCCUCUCACGGCCGAUGCUCAAUGUAAUGAGGGGCGUUUGCCAUGACGAUGCGUUGUCUUGACAUUGAAUGGCUACAGGACCUGUAGAGAAUGAGAUUAAGAUACCAGGUAUGAAUUAAGAGUUAUAUUCACUGUUAAUGCGUUUAGAAAGUAAAUCAUAUAACCUUAGGUGUCAAUAUUAAAG